UGCAUGACCCGGAAGUAAUUGAUAAGGUCGGGGUAUCCUCUCGUUUAUAACCAAAUUUUGACGUUAGAACGUGGCAGUGUGUGUAUUGACAAGCUUGGAGAGAGGACUGUCAAAGUGACGACUUAGUUUAUUAUCACCAUGUGCGGUAUUUUUGCGUAUUUGAAUUACCUGGUUCCUGCCACAAGAAAAGAAAUUCUUGACAUUUUAAUAAAUGGUCUGAAACGACAGGAAUACAGAGGCUAUGAUUCUGCAGGGGUUGGGUUUGAUGGUAGUAAUGAAGGAUGUAAAGAUUGUCAGAUAAAACUGAUUAAAAGUCAAGGGAAAGUAUGCGCUCUUGAAGAAGCUGUUAAACAAUAUACAGACGUCUGCAAGAACAAAUCGUAUGAUAUCCAUGUUGGUAUCGCUCACACACGUUGGGCUACACACGGGGAACCCAGCGAAGUCAACAGUCAUCCACAACGAUCAGAUACUGAUAAUGAAUUUAUUUUGGUUCACAAUGGCAUUAUUACUAAUUAUAAAGACAUCAAGUCCUUUCUGGAAAAGAAAGGUGCAGUGUUUGAAUCUGAAACAGAUACAGAAGUUAUCGUUAAACUUAUAAAACAUCUUUAUACAACCCAUCACGAACAGAAUCCCUCGUUCCGAGAAAUUAUUGAAAUCGCUAUUCAACAAUUGGAAGGAGCGUUUGCCCUGUCAGUUACAAGUAAACAUUAUCCUGGUGAAAUCGUCGUCACAAGACGCGGUUCUCCAUUAUUGAUUGGGGUAAAAAGUCAAACGAAAUUAAGUACAGAUCACAUCCCUAUUGUAUAUAGUAAAGAUAGUAAAGACUGCAAAUUGCACGAAGAUCAUCGAGGUUUUAUCAGUUCCGGCAAGAGAAAAGAAGAAGAAACAGAAUUUCAUCCAAUCGGACCAAAUAAAGUUGUUGAGUAUUUCUUUGCUUCCGAUGCCAGUGCCGUUAUUGAACACACAAACCAAGUAAUAUUUUUAGAAGACGAUGAUGUCGCUGCAGUUAAAAAUGGAAUACUUACUAUUCAUCGAGUAUCACGAAGUAUUGAUGAUUCCACCGUCCGUGAGGUCAUCACCUUAAAAAUGGAAAUCCAGCAAAUAAUGAAAGGAAGUUUUAGUUCCUUCAUGCAGAAAGAAAUUUUUGAACAACCUGAAUCCGUGGUGAACACGAUGAGAGGUCGUGUUAAUUUCAACACAAAUAAAGUUGUGUUGGGUGGAAUAAAAGAUUUUAUGUGUGAGCUUAGACGAUGUCGACGAUUGUUGUUCAUAGCUUGUGGAACCAGUUAUCAUAGUGCCAUAGCAACUCGUCAGUUAUUAGAAGAAUUAACCGAGUUACCUGUAAUGGUGGAACUAGCCAGUGAUUUCCUUGAUAGAAAUACACCAGUCUUUAGAGAUGACGUCUGUUUCUUCAUCAGUCAGUCAGGUGAGACGGCUGAUACGUUGAUGGCGCUGCGUUAUUGUAAAGCACGAGGAGCUUUGAUCGUGGGGAUUACAAACGUUGUUGGUAGUUCUAUAAGUCGUGAUUCACAUUGUGGUGUCCAUGUCAACGCAGGACCAGAAAUAGGUGUCGCUAGUACAAAGGCCUAUACAAGUCAGUUUAUAUCAUUAGUACUAUUUGGUCUCAUCAUGUGUGAAGACAAAAUUUCUAUGCAAGAAAGAAGAAAUGAAAUCAUCCAAGGAUUGAAAAAAUUACCAGAACAAAUCAAGGAAGUGUUAAAGAUGGAUGAACAGAUCAAUAAACUAGCAUCUGAGUUAUAUCAACAGAAGAGUCUACUAGUCAUGGGACGAGGAUAUAAUUACGCUACAUGUUUAGAGGGCGCUCUUAAAAUAAAAGAAUUAACGUACAUGCAUUCUGAAGGUAUAUUGGCUGGUGAAUUAAAACAUGGUCCGUUAGCCCUGGUAGAUAAAGCUAUGCCUGUCAUUAUGAUUGUCACUAGAGAUUUAGUCUACAAGAAAUGUGUGAAUGCAUUACAACAGGUGAAAGCUAGACAGGGGCGUCCAAUUUUAAUAUGUAACAAUGAUGACACAGAAACACAGAUGUUUGCGUACAAGUUCCUGGCGAUUCCGCAUAACGUAGAUUGUCUGCAAGGAAUAUUAUCAGUAGUACCUCUUCAACUUCUGUCAUUCCAUAUCGCUGUGCUCCGGGAAUAUGAUGUGGACUGCCCCCGUAAUCUCGCCAAGAGUGUUACCGUGGAAUAAAGGACCGACCCCUUCUGAUGUUGACCAACCACGACAUUUGCUGAAAACACAUGCAAGUAACCAAUGACAACAUUUGCUGUAAAUACAUAGAAGUAACCAAUAGCAACAUUUGCUGUAAACACAUGCAAGUAACCAAUGACAACAGUUGCUGUAAACAUAUGCAAGUAACCAAUGACAACAAUGGACCAGUUUUUAUUUCAUAUAUUAUUAUUACGUUUAUUUAGUUUUUUGAUGAUAUUAAUAAUUGUACAUUAAUCUAUUUCAAUAAUCUAUAACUUUGGGGGUCAUAUUUUUUUAUUACAUGGCAAAAGGGGAUUUUUGUUUUGUUUUUAGAAAACGCUUAAUUUAUAUGUUCAGUGGCAGAUCAAGGUAGGGGCUAUCGUGGCCCUCCAAAUCGUAAAUAACCCUAUAAAAUAUGCAUUAAUUAUUAUAUUUCUAUGAAAUGUGUAAAUUUUAGCUUUUUGUUGGUUGGUAUGGUCUGCCACGGUUAAUACUACAUGAUAAGGCCAGCUCGAUUUUUCGUCAUAGGUCACGAGAUGUAAACGUGGCUCGCGCUAAUCCCAACACUAACGCUGGACCUAGCCCCAAUGCUUACCCUAACCCUAACCUACAAUCUUGACAACAAUCACGUGCCCUUACCUUGUUUACAUCUCAGUGACCUUGACAAAAAUUCAGCUGGCCUUAACAAAUAGAUUUAACCGGUCCUCCACUGCUGUUGUGUAAUUGUUGUAUUCAUUUAGGCCGCGCAAACAAAAUAUAAUGGUACUCAGACUCGUUCGAUAUUUUUUAGGACAUGGGUAGAUGAGCGGAUAUGCCGGCGAAUCGAUUGCGGUCAUAAAAUAUUUGCCCGAAAAUAUCUAACAUACUAGAAACGUGUAAUUAGUCAGGCAAAUGGUUUGACGAGCAGAAUCGUCGUCGCUGUGAUCAGUCACGUGGGCGAUUUUAAAAAUCUGCGCAAUUGUGCGAAAAAUAUACUCAUCUACCCUAGGUAUUAGAGUUACUUCAGAGAAAGGAAAUUUAAUAGUCUUUUAUAUUUUUUUGUUUUAAAUAAAAAACUUGUGGCUAUAAUUGAAGCGGGCAUAUUUGAGGAACAGAAUAUAUAUUUUUUAUAUGGCCUUAUUUGGGAUUUUUAAUUUUAAAUCACAUCAUUGAAUUAUACUUCGUCAAAUAUCAUGGGAUCUUUGUAAAUUGUUGUACUUCAACAAAUAUCAUGGAAUAUUUAUUAACUCAUUGUAUUUCAUCUUUGGUUAUAUGAUACAAAUAACUACGGUUUUAACUACAAGAAAAAUACCAGAAAAUUGUAUCCAUAAAUUACAUAAUGUCAUGCUCGACAUCUUUAAACAAUUCCAAAUACAGAUAACACUAUCAUCCACUACAUUUCUACGCAAUCAUCACAUGACCAUCCUCUUGUAUAGAUACUGUAUGAUUGCCAGGUUAUCUGUACCAUUGUUUUACCCCAACAUGAAAGGAUAAAGUGACAACUGUACUAUAACUCAGGUAUUAUGUAGUUGGACUGUUUUAGUAGGUCUGUAUCUUAUGUUUAGUUCCAAAGCAUUGGUCUGUUAAUUACUCAGGGGUUUGGAUGGUCGAAUGGUUAGUGCGCGUUGUAUCAUACGGUCUGUCAUUGAGUCAACUGGCAUGGUUUCGAUUCCUCGGGUGUAUGUGACAGGAAGUAGGGUCGCCUGUCCAAUCUUGUGGGUUUUCUCCGGGUCCUCCGGUUUCCUCCCACUGCUAAAGACCCCUACAAGCAAAUGAAUUAUUGAAAUAAAGUGGAAUGGAUGUUAAACCCCAUUUCUCUCUCUCUCUCUCUCUGUUAAUUACUCAACACUGCUAGUGAUAGUAAACAGUUGUAAACCCAACAUUCAUCAUCUUAAAUGGGCCAUAUACAACAGUAGGAACCCAGUAUUUUUUCAUGAUUCUCAACAGAUUUAAACAGUUUUCCAACAAUGGUUUGAAACUAAACAUUAAACACAGAAACUCCCUCUAAAACAACACAACUACACGAUACCUGAGUUAUCGUAAGAUUCAAGAUCUGAGCCAAAUUUAUUUAUUUGAGCUUUAAAUUAUCAAUUAGUUUGUUUUAUAACCAUUUAAAUUAUUUCCCUUAGUGAUAUCUCAUAUUUUAAGCAAUAUUUAUUAUGUAGCGUGUCUUUGUUUAUAUGAUAUUAUAUGACUUUAAAACUGUUGAUCGCUGUUUGUAUUAUGCAGAUGAUUGUUGGCUUAAUCUACGCUUAAAUUUACUUAAAUCUGAUUAUUUAACAAUAAAUUUAUAAAAUAUCA